AUGUCAGAGGACCCCGGGCGUCCAGUCGUUGUGGUGCCUGGGGAUUCGACUGCGCUUAGCCAAAAGCCACCCGUCACACCCUCUCGCCCGAAGUCUGGCGAGGUAGAUAGGCUCUGCUUCGACUCCCUGUAUUCCGAGAAUGGAUCACUGGAGCCCCCGCCGCUGUGGCCCUUUCACGGGGCAAUGAAAUCGACGCAGGACAACAGCCUGGUGCUUUCCGACCCGUCGUCUCUUGACAACGCUGGGCCCGCUACCUCUGCUACUGCCGCCCCGCGCGCGGAGCAAGCAAGGCCGACGCGUGCUACACAUCAACGCGGCCGACUUGGUGAGUGGGCGGUGGGUGCGACCGCGAACGCGGAGAUCUCGCAGGCCCGCACAACCGCGGCGAGCAAUUCACCCCGCCCAUCGCAGCAACCCAGCCACAGCGCGGACGAGUUGGACAGCAACAUCAGCGCGGCAGACUACAGACGGCUGCCCGUAACUAGCGCUGGCGCAUGCACCAUGUCUGCGGCGACUGCCGGUCGUUUUAUUCGUGUGGAAAGUAAUUGUGGCACCGAUGGGAAAAAUGACGAAGAGGAGGAAGCGCACCCACCGUUGUGCGCCCCCUCGUUCCUCACGAAAUUUCCUUCGCAGCAGCAUCCGAUACUGCCGUCUACAUCGCGGGGGGGACCUUCCCUCCCGCCAUCGUGUCUAUCGCCGCCUUCGCUUCCCGCAAUGGCCAACGAUGAAAGUGCGCACAUGGGCGGAACGAAGGGCGAGGCAGACCAAACCGACACCCCUUCUCGAAGCACGCUCCGACCUCCGCCACGCCCUUUUUCUCCUCUUCGCCUGCCGCCUGAAAACGGGAGCGAUCCGCUAGUCUUUGACCCUCUUCUGCGGUGCUGUCUCGACCUGAGGUCCAAUACGUACGUGAUGGCGGCGAGGCCGCCACCAAAGGGAAAAGCGUAA